AGCUCAAGCACGUGGUGAGCUACGCUACAUAAAAAUCACACCCCCUAAUCUCUCUCUCCCUCUCUCUCUCUCACACACACACACACACAAAACACACACUUUUGCAAAGGCGCAUUUUUCUCGCUGUAAUCCGGGUUUUAAACUUCAAGUUCAAAGAUGGAAAGGGAUUUCAUGGGUUUGAAUUCAAAAGAUUCAAAGGUUGUGGUCAAAGAUGAAGAAGCUGUUGAAGUAUGCAAAGAAUCAGUGUAUUCAAAGAGCUCUGCAGCUAAGUGGCAUCUGUCAGGUGCAGAUGGUUUUGAUGGCCCAAAAAACCGUCAAACAGGCGAAAUCCAGAAAAGCAUUGGUCCUAGUAGGCAAGGCGGCACUCAUUUUUCAAUGGCUACUUAUCCUGUGCAACAGAGUCCAUUUUCCGUGCAAAUUCUCAACGACGCUAAGCAAGCGGUUCCUAUUUCCAUGAGCCACCCUUUCUACAGGGCUCAGUUUAGCGCUGCACCCAUUAAGCAACACGGAGUUGCGGUUCCAUCUAUCGGUUCCUUCCUUGCUGGAACCACCGAACCGUGGUACAAUUCGAAGCCUUCUUGUGCUCCUGCUCAACUAACCAUCUUUUACGGUGGAACGGUUAACGUGUACAAUGAUAUCUCCCCCGAGAAGGCUCAAGCUAUCAUGUUCUUGGCGGCAAAUGGUGCGUCUGCGAGCACACCUCAGCCUAGGGUUCAAGCCCAGGCGCCUGUUUCACGAACACCAGUAGCGGAUGCGGUUUAUAUGACCCAACCGAUUAACCCACAGCCCUGCUCAGCCAUCUCGAGCCCAAUGUCUGUGUCCUCGCACCCUUUUAGACCUACUAACAAAGACGAAGGUGCUAAAAUAGUUAAAGCGGAUACCCCUAGAGCUAUCGGCUCACUUGAACAAGUUAUGCAGUCAGCUGUUCCGCAAGCGCGCAAAGCAUCCUUGGCUCGGUUUCUUGAGAAGCGCAAAGAAAGGGUAAUGUCUUCGGCUCCAUACAAUGUGACAAAGGAUUCGAUCGUCAAUGGUGGACCAAGUAACAUGAAUGCUGUAGCUGCAGCUGAGAAUUAGAGAAAUUCGUGUACGAGUUUUAUAUAUUUGUGUCAAGUUUAUAAAACCACAUUGGUGUAUACAUAGUGGUUCGGUUCUCUGUUAACGAUAAAGACGGAGGAGGUAUAAGUAGUAUCAACUAAUGUUGAGGAGGUAUAAGUAGUAUCAACUAAUGUUGGAUGUUUUACGUUCGUUGCUAAUUUUUGGGAACUCUUAUAUAUAUGUUUAUUGCGCGCUUGAAGCGUAUAAGGACAUUUAUUUUAAUGUACAAGAACAAAGUGACCUUGUUUGGUAAGUUUUUUUGGGUCACAUUUAUGCUAUUAUACUAUUUCUAUUUUUGGCAAAA